CUUUAGCAGGUAUACUGUCAUUUAAAACAUUUAUGAAGAUUGGGUGCAGCUAUUCAAUGUUUUGAAACUGACAACCGGCGCACACAUUUAUGGUUUAAAUGCUAGUCUAGUACUCAAAUCAUAAAUAUAACGUAACGUAUUAAACCUAGAUUAACUUCGGAAAAGUACAUUUGUUAUCUAUAGAUGACACAUUUUGUAAAGCAGUGUCAGUCUGCGCGACAUCGACUCUCAGGUUGAUGAUAUUUAGUCACUAUAGCAGCAAUAAUUGGUAACGGACAUCAGCCACCAUGGCCAUACACAUACCAGGUCUUAUUGCUAUAAUCAUCUUCUACCUGCUUAUUCUUGCUGUUGGAAUAUGGGCUGGAAGAAAGACCAAGAAUCAGACUGGCAAGAAUGCUAACUCUGAGAAUGUCAUGCUCGCGGGCAGGAAUAUCGGGCUUCUGGUGGGAGUCUUCACCAUGACAGCUACCUGGGUUGGGGGAGGAUUCAUCAAUGGAACAUCAGAGGUCAUUGUGAGGCAGGGCUUUGUGUGGUGUCAGGCCCCCUUCGGCUAUGCAGCGUCCCUUAUCUUUGGGGGUUUCUUCUUUGCGAAGAAGAUGCGAUCGCAGGGAUAUGUGACGAUGCUUGACCCGUUUUCACAGAAGUAUGGUGAGCGUAUGGGCGGGUUGCUGUACAUCCCUGCCCUGCUGGGCGAGGUCUUCUGGUCAGCAGCUAUCCUCGCAGCUCUCGGUGCCACAUUGUCAGUGAUAUUGGAGCUGGACACUAAGAUCUCUAUCGUCAUCUCCUCCUGUAUCGCUGUGUUCUACACGCUCUUUGGGGGCCUGUACUCUGUGGCGUACACAGACGUCGUGCAACUCAUCUGUAUAUUUGUAGGCUUGUGGGUAUCCAUUCCAUUUGCGUUCACUGCGGCGCCAGUGAGCAGCAUACAGACCCAUGCCCAGGAAACGUGGAUCAAGAGCAUGGACGGCAAGUACGCUGGCCAGUACAUCGACAGCUAUCUGCUCCUCAUCUUUGGUGGUAUUCCUUGGCAGGUAUAUUUCCAACGGGUCCUAUCAUCUAGUACUGUGCGCAAUGCCCAGCUGUUGUCAUACAUAGCUGCAUUUGGAUGCGUCAUCAUGGCUAUUCCCUCCAUUUUGAUUGGAGCUGUUGCCGCCAAUACAGACUGGAACAUGACUGAAUAUCGUCACCGGGACCGUCUGGUGAACGGUACCUUAGCACCGGAAGACUAUAACCUUGUGCUGCCCCUUGUACUGCAGUAUCUGACCCCACCUGCAGUGGCAUUCUGUGGGCUUGGAGCAGUGUCCGCAGCAGUGAUGUCAUCUGCAGACUCUUCAAUUCUCUCAGCAAGCUCCAUGUUUGCUCGUAACGUGUAUAAGCUUGUCUUUAGGCAGAAGGCAUCAGAAAACGAGGUGUUAUGGGUAAUGCGGGUGUCUAUUUUUGGUGUGGGAGUGUUAGCCACACUGAUGGGAAUAACGGUGGACUCAAUCUAUGCACUGUGGUUCCUGUGCUCCGACCUGGUGUUUGUUGUGCUCUUUCCCCAGCUGUUGUCCGUCAUCUACAUUCGCUGGACAAACACCUACGGCUCCCUGGCUGCCUACAUAGUGGGUCUCUUCUUCCGGUUGGCUGGCGGGGAAGCUGCAUUGAAGAUUCCAGUUCUCAUCAAAUAUCCUUUCUACAGUGAAGAAGAUGGGCAAUUGUUCCCUUUCAAAACGCUCUGUAUGCUUAUCUCCUUGAGUACUAUACUCCUCGUUUCGUAUCUUACCAAAUACGUAUUUGAACAUGGCAUCCUUCCUCCUAAAGCUGACAUCUUUAUGUGCGUUGUGAACAUUCCUGAUGAAGCGAUCGCCCUCAAAAACACAGAGCAUCGUGAAGGCAUGGCCAUAACGCCGAUUGACGAGCACAAUGGGAAAAUCAAUCCAGCAUUGAAAUUUUCAUCAGAAGAUCUUCUUACAAUAAAGGCAGAGGAUACCACAGGAAGCAAAAUUUCAGAGGACGGGCAUCUGGAUAUUAAAUGAAUUUCUUGAAGUACCUUUCGAAAGGAUGUUGCAAAUCCGAUGACUUGAAUGUAUUCAAAAGUCAGUGAAUAAUGUAAUUGAAUAAAUGGAAGAUUUCGUUAGUUUAUUAGUAGCAAUAUAAUUGUGUAGUACAAAUUGUUCGACAUCAUCAGUCCUGUACAAUUGUUAUGUACAUAUUAUGAAAACCUAUUAAUAUGUGAUCUAAAUUUGUUCUCCAAAGGAUUUUCAGUUUUGAGUUUGACUAUUCACUGAAUGGUCUGAGCUAUACCACUCACCUUAUUGUUCGCACUGCCAUCAGCAUCUGCAUAAUUGUCUGGUUUAGGUAAAAGCGCAGCAUAAACAUUUCACUGUUUCUAUUACAGAUAAUUACUUGAAACUUCAUACACGUGUUCCCUGUUAUUGUGUCUAGUUACUUACCAAUUUCAAUACCUCAAAUUAAAAUUAAGCAGAAUCUUGGGAUAACAACUCCAUAUCUUUAUAUCUAUCAAGAUAUUGAAAUAAAACUGUACAUAUGUACAGGAAUGUUUUGAACAGUCACUUACAAAGACCUUUAAAUGUGACCAGCUUUAAGCAGGAUUGUGCCCCUUUUGUACUUCAGAAGGUUAUGGUUUGCACGACAGAUGAAAUUCAGGUUAAGGUUUGCAUAUGAGACAUACAUAUCUCUUAAACAACUUCAAAUAUUCAGGUGUAUCUAAAAGCAUGUUUUGGGAUCAUCAUUGGAGGUUUUUAACCGAAGCCCAUAACUCUUACCUGCAAUUUAGCAGAAUUAUAUCCUUUUUGUAUUUAGAAAUUCAGGUUAAUACUUGUGUGCAAAAACUCCAGAUCUACAUGUUUUCAACAGAUAUUGAAAUAAAACUUGACACGUGUGUUCAGGGUUAUUAUACACAGUAACUGACCAAGACCUAUAUCUGUGACAGCCUUUUAGCAGAAUAUUUCCCGUUUUGUAUUUAGAUAAGUCAGGUUAAGAUUUGUAUGAAAUUCAGGUUAAACUUUGUAUGCAACAAGUGCAUAUCUCUUUAACUUUUACUCACUAGCAAUUUAAUUUCAUCGUCACACUUUUCUUCUUAAUGAUCAUGCAAGGCCACUGACCAAGGCCCAUAACGACAUACGGUAAUUUAGCGGAAUUAUGGCCCUUUUUGUACUUGGAAAAGUUAUGUUGACGUUUGCAAGUGGCACAACUCCGUAUCUUUAUGUCUACAACAGAUAUUAAAACUUUACACAUGUUUUCAGGGUCAUUAUUAUUGUCACUGACCAAAAUCUAUGACAGCCUGUAAGCUGACUUCUGUCCCCCUUUUUAUUAUGUCCCCCACCACUAUAGUGGGGGACAUAUUGUUUUGCCCUGUCUGUUGGUUGGUUUGUUGGUUUGUUUGUUUGUUUGUGCAAACUUUAACAUUUGCCAUAACUUUUGCAAUAUUGAAGAUAGCAACUUCAUAUUUGACAUGGAGCUGCACAUUUUGAGUGGUGAAAGGUCAAGGUCAUCAUUCAAGGUCAAAGGUCAAAUAUAUGGGUCAAAAUAGCUCAUUUAAUGUACACUUUUGCAAUAUUGAAGAUAGCAACUUCAUAUUUGGCAUUCAUGUGUAUCUCAUGGAGCUGCACAUUUUGAGUGAUGAAAGGUCAUGGUCAUCAUUCAAGGUCAAUGGUCAAAUAUAUGUUUCACAAACACAUCCCUUGUUUACUUCAAAAAGUCAAUUAAAGGUAUGCAUGCAAGAUGAAGUUUAAGGUUAGGUUUGUGUGCAACACAUACGUAUCUCAGUAGCUACUACAAAUAUUAAUUUGAAACUAAGGAUCAUGUUGUGAGGCCACCUACCAAUUUCUAUAACUCUGGUCUGCAAUUAUUCCCCUUAUUGUAAAUGGGAAAUUCUGUUAAAUGUUUGCAGGAAAUAUUGUGCAGAUAUUUUGUAAAUCUAGGUUACAAGCUGAUAUAGCAAAGGAUUGCAUUUUGUGCCAUUGUUGUCAAGGUCACUGUAAUGAAAACUAUUAAAAGAUGUUCUGCUAAAUAACUUUAGUUUGGAUGAAGGUAUUUUGUGUACUGGUAAUUUGGUGUGAAGUUAUAGCUUACUUGCACACCUAUGUUUGGAUAGAGGUAUCGUGCUGUAAUUUUGCGCGUAUUGUGGCUUACAAUAAGGCCUAGGGCUAGGGUAUGAUUGCAUUUGAGGCCAGGUGGGUCAAGGCCAAAGUUAUUUAAAAAGUUGAAAGAUUUUGUUGUGUACUUUAAAUGUGGAUAUAUGUAUUGUGCUGUAUAUCUGUGUGUAGGUAACUUUAGUUCAGACCUUCUUGGCAAAUUUAAUUAAAUUCAACUCAAUUCAUUGGGAAAAAGUAAAAAAUGUAUGGCAUGGUUAGUCUCACGUUUUAUUUACUUUAUAAAUGUUUUGCCUUUAUGAAGUUUACAUUUACUAUGUAACUUCUACAGAUGUGUCAUAGUGGUUGUUAUAAUAUGUUACUGAUAGAAAAUAUGUACAUUUUACUAUCAAAGUGAAAGUAAAUUCGAGUGUGCUGUCGUGUGACAGAUCUUGAUUUUAUGCAUUUAACCUAAUUAUUGUGUUAUUUAUCAGGUUAGUUCAUCAUAUCAGUUUUAUUAUUGAUGAAUUAUAUUUAUUAUUGUUAAUACUUUGACAUUGUUUGUUUUGAUAAAAUUGUUCAUGUCUCAUUUUUGUUAAAGAUUUUUAGACAUAGUUUUUAUAGAGAAUAUUAUGGUUAAUACAUGUUUGAUGGUAUUGUAAAUCUUUUGUCUCUGAAUGCAUUUAAUGUUACACUUUCAAAUAUUUUGUAAAUGAAAAAAAAGGUAGUCGCACCAAGGCCAGUUUAUAUAUAACUUAUGUCUUUUUCCCAUACACGGCUAGUAUUUAUGUAUAUAUGUAGAAUUUCAAUAAUUGUGCCACUGUUAGAUAAUGGAGAAAAUUUAUGACACAAUUUAUUCAUGGCACAGUUAAGUGUCUUUACCCAUUUUGAAACUCCUAGAAUCUGCUUUUUGUAACAAAUUGUGUUUAGUCGCUGAUGGUUUGCAUGGUCAGAUCUUAACGGAAAAGAUGACUACUCUUUAUGUGCUUGCCCACUUUGAAGUCAUAUCCUAUUUACUUGUCUUUGUUCUACAAAUCCUAUGAUUGUAUGUUAAAUUUGAGUUCCUGUCACAUAAUUAACUUAUGUAGGGAUCAUUUCUACAGCCAUUCCUCCCUACCCCAUAUUAAGGCCAGUUGUCAGUUCAUGGCACAAGUAUGUGCACUAUAAAGUACUGGUACACAACAUUACCCAGGAAAAGUUUAAGUAUAUUAACCAUGAUAUAAGUAAAUGUUGAAUCAAUAUGCUCCAGCUAGUCAUAGACUAAAGUUAGUAGCAUCUCGCAGCCCCAAUGUCCCAUCCUGCCCGCUUGAAUUUUUGCCAUGCCCUUUUUAAAACUGAUCAAUUGCAAUACAGAUUUUAUUAAAAGUGUCAAUCUCAAUUUAUGUUUGAAAUAAAUGAUAAUUUAAUUAUUAUAGAAAUAUAUUUCUCUGUUCAUAUAAUAUUACAUAUAUAGACAUGAUUUAUUGAAAAUAUGGCACAAGAAUAUAAUAACUGGGUACGCUAGAGUGCCCUUUUGACAAAAGAGAUUUCCCUGCGCUUCAAAUCCUAUUUGUUGCUCUAACUUAAUGAUGGAGAAAUUGUAUACCAGUGAACUAACUUGUAUAAGGCAUGACAAGUUUUACAAAUAACUUGCUAAUAAAUCUGGGUUCUUAAGAAGCAAGGUCAUCUCUGGAAUGACGCAUGUCCUGUAUCUUGCACUAUGUUGCAUCAUCCAACUUUUGCCUAAGUUUUCUAGACGUAAAUGAUUGAUUUAAAAAGCACACACGGCUGAGCAGCUUUUUUGCUGCUCUGUACAUAUAUUUUUUCAUGAAACUUUAAACAAUGUAUUUGGUUCUUGCAUUUUACAUUUUAAUGUAUUUGAAUGUGAAUGAUGCACAUAAGUAAAAUAAUGUAAUAGGUUCAUGAUAAAUUUAUCAAAAUUGAUAAAUUGUGUUCAAUACUGUGAUAUAUUUGGACUCCCAGACAGCUGGCAUAUCCACAUUAGACUUGCCUGUUGGCUUGUUCAAAAUGGUAUGUGAGCUGUGUGCUCCAAAUAUAUCACCAUAUUGUACACAAUGCAGUUAAAUAUCUUAAUAAGAUGACCGAGUUCAAAUGAUUCUUUGGAAUUUCUUGUUUUUUUAACCAGUAAAACAAAUUGUCCCCUUUGAUAAAUGUCACUCAGAGACAUAUUGAUUUGGAGAAAACUUACAUUCUGUAAAUCACACAGCACAAACUUCAUAGAACACAUUGCUGUAACCAUUAAAUUAAGUAUGUAUUAAUAAGAAUACUGUGUACUGUAUGGCAUACUUGAUAUUUAUGUGAUUUUCUCCUUCUUACUGCAAUUAAAUUAGAUAUAUAGUUCUAUUUUGUUCUGUUACUCGAGAAUAACAUGACGGCUGUGUCAAUUGAUUGUGCACAAUCAUGCAAUAAGUUGUAAAGCUCUCUACAUAAUAUGAAACUUAAUAUGUUAGCAAGACAUAAACAUGAUUCACAACAUUCAACAGCAAAAUAUAACAUUGGAACAAUUUGAAGACAAUUUCUCUGAUUGCAUUGAACACAUUCACAUUUAUUGUCAUCUUUCGAUUUCAUUUAGUGUGAGUACUUGUAAUUAUGAUUUAUUGUAAAGGAUAUUGCCUAAUCCUGCUUUAUUUUGUUUCAGUGAAAAUAUACAAUCGAUUUUAUAACCAACACCAUUUAAAUGCCAAAUCAUGAAUUUUGUAAGUAUUUGUCUUAAUGUCAUGUUUUUGUGAUAAGGCUGACAAUGUAUCCGAAGUUCAUCAUUACCGUAUAUGUGUAGAUUGUGUACGUUGACACUGUCAUUGUAUGUGUUGGUAGCUAGAUUACAUGUGUUAAAGACACAACUAUGAUCACAUUUUUUUGCCCCCGGUAGGAUGGCAUAUUGCAGUUGAACUGUCCGUCCGUCUGUCAGUCAGUCUGUCCGCCCGUCCGAAAACUUUAACAUUGGCCAUAACUUUUGCAAUAUUGAAGAUUUGCAAUAUUGAAGAUAGCAACUUGAUAUUUGGCAUGCAUGUGUAUCUCAUGGAGCUUCACAUUUUGAGUGGUGAAAGGGAUAUAAUCAAAAACAAAAAUAUUUAAAUCAAAUCGGCACAUUAUUGUAAAGGGGGUAUUGUUUUUCUGUCAAACACAUCUCUUGUUAAAUCAAACAUGAAAAACUGAAUUCCAUAAUUUGUGGUACUGGGCCAGCAGUAAAAUGCGUUUAAUUAUUAAAAUUGAAACCUUUUUUUCACUGAGUGUUGACAAAAAUACCCUGUUUCAGCUUGUGUGUUUUAUCAUAAUAUUAUAUAUUCCUUUGAAUUGCUGUUUGAUUUAUGACUAUGGGGAUUAAUUUUACAGUGUCGUGUCAUUUUCAUCUCUUGUUCAAAAUUUGUCCCAACUUUCAUGAGUUUUAAACUGAUUAGGUAGGAGUGCUGGGACACAGUCUCCAGGUCCCCAUAGUGAAUUAAGUCUAAGAGCCGUGAAAAUACUUUAGUAACUUUGAAAUGUGCACACAAUGCCAUAAUUCAUUAUAUUUGACAUUCAUUUAGAUAAACUGUUUAACAAUUUAGCCAUUAAAAUGUGGACAUACUUUUAGCCCAAUGUUCAAGGUAUUGGGGUGGAAUUAAACACACUAAAUAAGUAGCUUUGCUGUCUAUGCCAUGUUAUUAUUAACUGAAGAUAAUACCAGUAGUACAUACCAGCAUACUAGGUUCAUGCAACAACUCAUAAUGUUUCCACUUAGAUAGCCGAUACUAGUUUUGUCAUUUAGGUUCGCUGUAUGUGCACUACCCCCCAAUCGUAAUAAACAAUUUUGUCAUAUUGUAUGAUGUCAGUGUUUAGACUGUAGAGGAUAUAUAGAUCUGUUUAUAAUAAACAAUAGAAGCACUCUG